AUGAGCAACGACAAGUUGGUGAAGCUAUUUUCCCUAAACCUGGGUACCAAGGGGAUGGGGGAAAAAGAAAGGCUUUCACCCAUGGGGGGAUCAGAACAUGCUUCUAACGGAUCCCAUACGUCAGGCGGGGUGGAAAAUCAAUCAAACAGUUUCGUGGAUUGGGGUUCAGUCAGAGCGUCCACAAACGAUUCGUGUACUUCCAUAAAGAGUGAACAACUGAAUCCAUAUAAGCGCGUGAACUCACUGAGUGAGUACGUGUACAAAUUUAAAAAGUUGGCCCAUGAAGGGAGAACAACAGCUGGGGAUAGCAACAUAUUUAGGAAGUUUAACACGAACCGCCGGAAAAUAAAUUCGUCGGAUUCGUGGGACCGUUCCAGUGCCCAAUCUGCGCAUCCCUCCGCUGCGCAUUUCUGCGGUAACAAUUUGGCCGCUACAUCGCCGAUAACGUCGCCGGUAACGUCGUUCAAUACACCAGUGGGUAUUUCAUCGAAGACUUCACGCUCAGACUCAAAUUCCCAUUUAGAGUUCAAAUCGAUACCAAGCGGAACGAGUGCCAACGGAGAAACAGAGAUUUUGCCUGAUCAAGUGGAAGAGUACUUUAGACCUAACAAGGAUUUUCCAUUUUCUGAUGAAGAAGAUGCUACCAUUUCUUCUCGCCCCCAUCUUCUACAUAACUGUAGGAUGUUCAAAUCGCAUAUGAGCAUAGAUUCUUCCCCAUUGUGUUCUUAUUUGAAUAGCAUUGGUCGGUUAGAAACCAAAGGGAGCAAUGCAGGGAUAGCUACCCUGAGCAGAGUUAGAGGACCAUUCCAGAGCAAGGAUCCCCCCUUGGGUAAAACUGGUUCACAGAUAACCAACCUUGAGGAAGACGUUGAGAGGGAGAAAUUUGUCCGGGGACCUUUACCAACAGAAUGUGGAAUGGACGAGAAGGAAGUGAGCAAGUUCUUCAAGAUUGCCAUUGUGCACAGCAGAGUGAUAAGUAGACAUAAACAAAAUACAAGGAAAAAAGUGAGAAAAAUAUUUUACAAAUAUAGGAAAAUGUGUAUAACUGUCCAAAUGAGUAAAUAUAAAUGUGAAAAUUUAUUGAAAGGGUUAACAUAUAGUGGAAAUAAAACAUUGAUAAAAAAUAUAGAACAAAAUAAAAAUUAUAUUUAUAAUAAGAAAAUCAUGAAUUGCCUUUUUAAGUUUUUCCUGGACUAUAUCUUUUCUUUUUACUUUAUGCGGAACACCAACUGGGUCGAAGCAAGAAGGGGGGCCUUCAUGCGUUAUGUGAAUGGGCACAUUUUGCAGCUUUUGCGAAUUAGCCGUUUUUACAGGGGUCCUUCGAACGGGAAGCCAUUUCCCCCAUUUAAAAAUCAACACGGAAGUGAUGCACCAGAGAGUAUGAAAGAGGAAAACAACCACAAAAGUAAGAUUCAAUUAGUAGGGAGAAGCUUAGCCAAACCUUCAUACCUCUUAGCCACCCCAGAUAGUAACGUAACUGUAGGCAGUGGCAACAUUUUAUUUCCAGGAUGCUAUAUCAGUUCACCGGUGGGGCACAUCUACAUCGGCGACAACAAUUUAUUUGAGGACAACAUAACCAUUAUCAAUUAUGGAAAUAUCGAUAUGUACAUUGGCAAUUAUAAUAUAUUCCGAUCCGGGACAUGCAUAACAAAUGCCCCCACCAUAGGGGAUCAUAAUUACUUUGACUAUAAGUGUUCCAUAUCCAAUAGCAGCGUUGGCUCUCGUUCAUAUAUUCGGGCUAACUUGUUUGAGGAGAAAAAGAGGGAUGCGGACAUGCACCCUUUCAGGUAUUGCAACACUGUAACCGAUAUGUCUCCUGGAUUCGUCGACGAAAACAUGAACGAAAUAAAAUUCAGAUAUGACCACAUAAGUAGCUCCACAUAA